AUGGAGGGCAAUUCGGAAAAUCGGAUACCUUUCAUCCCGUGCCCUCAGAGUAAAACAAGCUACGGCCGGGGAACGUUAGAGAAAUGGCAGGACAACACGCUGUCCACCAAGGUCCACAAGUCGGAAGGUCUCGAAAGUUUCCUAACCUACACGAAAACCACUGGGAAACUAUUGUCCUUCGUCGUUGCCGCUCAGCCCGGGUUCGAAGAAAGUUGUUGUUCGCCGGAAGGAUGCAUUGGAAACAAUGACUUCAUUGAAUGUUUGUGUUCGGUCCCACCGUACGGUUCUCUUCCAACUACUUUCCCUGCGGGUGGAACCGUGUUCGUUGUACUGUUGGUGACGCUGGUGACGGUCCCGGUAUCCCGCGGGAUCACCGUGAGUCCGCACAUUCCGCUCGGCACGACGCAGCACGUCAUCUCGUCGCACACCUUCGACACGAAGAACCCGGAACCGUGGGGUAACAAGCAGUUCAAGGAGGUCACCAUCACGCGGAACGUGCCUGUACCGUACCCGAUCAAGGUCGAGCGGCACGUGGCCGUCCCGGUGAAGAUACCGAUCCCGAUCGCCAUCCACAACAAGGUGCCGAUCAUGGUCGAGCGCAAGAUUCCGGUGUACGUGGAGAAGCCGAUUCCGGUGCAGGUCGAUCGGCCGGUGCCGUACGCGCUGCCGAUCGAGGUGCCCGUCUUCCACCGGGUGGCGGUCGAGGUACCGAAACCGUACCCGGUCCACGUACCCCAACCGUACCCGGUGUACAUCAAGAAGCCGAUCUUUGUGAAGCAGAGAGCGCCCCAGAGGGCCACGGUGAAGCGUGUGAAGAAGAGCCCGAGAGUCGUCGUUACCAGGACGACCAAAGCGUGA